CUUCCUUCCUUCCUUGUAUUUUCAACACAAUAUAUUUACACCAUUUCCAUCUUCCUCUGCUUGUUUUUCUUCUUCUUUCCAUGGAUAUCUGAUCCAACGAAGCCAGAAAUGGGGGGCUCUGUGGGAGUCGGAUUCAUUGCAGUUUUUGCCGUCUCGGGAAGCGUAGUUCUACUUGUUCAUCAAGCCCAUAAGCGUCUCCUCUCCGAUUUCAUGAAGAAAGUUGAAUCUGAAUUGGGUACCACCACCUUCUACGCCCACGCCAAGAACAAAUUGAACGGUUCUGGGAAAUGUCAACCCAAAAAGAAGGUCCGAUUUGCAGAUGAUGUCAAAGAGCCAUCGUCAAACAACAAAGAAUAUCGCCAGAAACACGUGCUGAAGCACGCCAUGCCAUCCAACAGGCAAGCUCUAUAUACCUAA